AAGUAUGAGCACAUCCUGACCCUUAUCUACAACUGAGCACUGGGACUUUCUAUCACUCCCUUUCUAGACCUCGAUUGUUUCGGUGUAUUUUCAGAGUAAAAAUAUUAACUCAACAUAACUGAAAGUAAGAGAAGACGAAGAAGAGAAACCUUGUGGACAAAAUAGAGGAAGGUCGCCAUUUGCUAGUGACAGACUGAUAGAGAGGAAGGUAAUCGGUCUACCCGCGACGACUUCUCAGCCAUGGAGGGAAUUAAUUUGCAGAGAUUUACACGUGGACUCACCGAAAACCUUGAGCCACCAGUGAGGCAGCACCUUAAGAAUGUGUAUGCCACCUUCACCCUGGCCUCCAUCGCUGCGGCGGCUGGCGGGUAUGCCCACAUGUACAGCACACUGGUGGGGGCCGGGCUGCUGACGGCGCUGAGUGCACUCGGCUCCCUCCUGUGGCUCAUGAUGACUCCCUACGAUGGCAAGAACCAGCUGCAACGCCUCUCUCUUCUGGGCUCCUUUGCUUUCUUCACUGGCUGCAAUCUUGGCCCUCUGCUUGACCUGGCCAUGAUUGUCAACCCUACGCUGAUCAUGCAGGCACUUCUUGGGACCAGUGUGGUGUUUGCCUGCUUCUCCCUCUCAGCCCUGUAUGCUCCACGUGGCCACUACCUCUACCUGGGUGGCACUCUCUUCUCUGCCCUCUCCACCCUCUUCUGGCUCUCCAUGCUCAACAUCUUCUUCGGAUCACGGCUCAUCUUCCAGGUGAACCUGUACCUGGGACUGCUGGUGAUGUGUGGGUUCAUCAUCUUUGACACCCAGAACAUCACAGAGAAGGCUCGCCGUGGGGACAAGGAUUACGUCAUGCACAGUGUGGAGCUCUUCAUUGACUUUGUGGCCGUGUUCAAGCGCCUGCUCAUCAUCCUUACUGACAAGGAGGCCCAGAGCAACAAAAAACGGAGGAGGGACUAAUGGAAUGAAGGAAGCUAGUCGUAGUGAACUCUAGGGUUAAGCAUUUUGGCUGGCAAGGGACAAUUAAAGACACCAAGUUAUGUUUUACCUUCCUUCCCCUGCAGUUACAACACAAUGGCAUACUGUUGUUUAUUUGCACCACCACCAAGAGCUAUCACACACCUGCUUUCCCUGUUGAUUUUCUUUAGUAUCUGGUAAUUUAUUAUUUCCAAAAGUUUAUUUGGUGUAGGGAUGAAAAACACCCAAGUAAAGGCUUGAGUUUUCUUAUAUUGCUGGAGAAAAAGAAACAUGUAUAGUGUAACAGUUAUUUUAAGUUUCAUGGGUUGGAGUCUUAUUUUUGUGGUUUGAGCUGCAAGAAUCAUAAAGCAAAGUACUGAGGUGAAGGUGCAAGGCUGGGAAUAUUCAGCGGUAUUUUAGUGCAGUUUUCAGUGGGAUAUUCAUCGAAAAGGUCAAAUCUCUAAAGAGGAUGAUUUUACUACAAUUCCUAUUCCCAGAGGUGAAUGUUAUGUACACCCUUUCUAUGAAUUCACUAAGAAUGUGGAUGAGAGCAUUUUCCAAGAUCAAAGAACAUGGGUGAGAGUGUUUUGGAGAAAUCUUGACAUCAGAGAACAAGAUACUGGUUGAUCUCUUCUGUAUUAAUUGAGUUACACCUACAAUUUCACCAAUACCAGAGAGUUUGUAUUUUGGCACUUUUAAUAGUAAUGUGAGACAAAUAUAAAGGCAAUUACACAUUAGUUUAUAUUUUUGCAAGCCAGAGGUAGGUGUAACACUGAUGGUAAUGAGUCAGCUUUGUGUGUUUAAGAAGAGCCAGACACACGGCCACACAUUCCUCAUGUAGGAGUAAACUUGCACCUCAUGAUGAAAUAAUGAGCCUCAGGAAUUUCUUCUUGGUGCCUUCCACUACAAGAGAAAGUAAGAAGACUCAGCGAUACAUUUGGUUGUCAAGCCCUCUUAGGAUACAUCAAGUUUGGUUUUGUUUCCCUCUUGCUCUGAGCUAAUGUGUCCAUUUACUGGCAAUAGUGGAAAGUUUACUUGGAUUUCAGUACUUGCUUUGGGUUUUCAUGUAUCCAUUGUCACUGCCAAAAUAAUAAAAUAUAGUUACUUUGUAAGAUGCACAGGACUGUGUGUUUUGGUAUCAGCUGUUGUACAUUGUCCCAGUAGCAUAGUGUUUAAUAAGCAGAGGUUACCUACGAACUGGCUAUAUUGUACAUGGAGGCUUGAUUUUAGUGGGGAAUGAUGUUUGUAUAACCAGAUUAAUGUAAUCGUUUCUUUCUGUUCAAAGUGUAUAGUUAUAUUUACAUUUCCUAUUUGUCAGAAGGACACUUUUUUUUUCUUUUUAUGGGGACAAAUUUAUAUUAAACACCUGACAGCACUUUUGUGAUUAUCUGUCUUGUGAGUUGGGUAAAGAAUAAAACAUUGGAAAGAUGAAGCAUGGUAACUUUGCAUUCAUUGCAUGUCAUUCACUAAAACAUCCACUUUUGUUUUGAUUGUCACUAAAUAAUGUUUGGACUUGUUAAGCUUCCCUCAGGACAAGUAGUCAUGGUGAUGCUGUGCCAGGUAAUUGAGUGGGCAAGCCCCAACAUACCCAUGUAACCUGUUCAUGGCAACCCAGGAACACUGCAGUGCUGCUGUGACUCGUGUGACAUGCAGGCUGAGGAUCAGUUUCAUAGUCUGCUGUUGUGUAUUUAUUGAUAGCCAAGCCCUCCUGGAAACAUACAUUUUUUACAACAGAUCACUGUCCUCCAUUUUAUAUGAUAACCUUGUAUUAACUGAAGACUCCCAUUAAUGUCUACCCAUGCAUCAAAAUAUGAUUCCCAUUGCUUUACUGCCUCCCUGUUCUCCAGCCACUGUGCUAUGUGAUCUUACCUGUAUAUCAUUUCUUCCUGUCAUUAACUCCAUAGACAGCCAAACUAAAUCACUCUGAGUUUGGUAGGUUUUCCAUGAAGCACUGAAGACAAUACAGAUGUGGUUGUCUGCUGCUUUGAAGGAGAGUUGUCAGACCAGGGAUUGGUUAUGUUUGGGACACUAUAUUUUUCCAGACUAGCAGCAUAGGCAGCCAAACUAAACCACCCUUAAUGUAUGGUAGGUUUUCCAUGAAGCACUAAAGACAAUACAGAUAUGAUUGUCUUUACUGCUUUGAAGGAGAGCUGUCAGACUAAGGAUUGGUUAGGUUUGGGACACUUACAUCUUCUCAGACUAUGGAACUGUUCUAGGUUGUGCAGGAAAUUUCAGCCAGGCCCCCAUGUUGUAGAGGAAGCAGGACCUUGACCCAUGAGCAGAUAGGAAUAGUUACCACUGACCUGAUUUGCCUGUUGCAGAUGCCAUGUAUAGAAUGUGUGGGUGUCAACAUCACAGUUCUUGUCCUGUUACCUAUUACUUACCACUACUGUUAUAUAUUUAUCAUUAGCUGUGUAUAAUUUGCUUGAAGAAACUAUUAGCCAAUAUGUUGAGAAACUGUCAAAGUGAACCUGAGCUAUGCAGUAUGCUUAUGUUUCUGUUUUUCCUUGUGUACUGAGACUAAAUAAGGGAUCCAAAUUUUGAUGGAGCAUGUAUAAGAAUGUAAAUGGUUUGAUAUGUGGCAACAUUUCACAGUUCAUCAAAAAAUGCCUCACUGGAAAACUAAGGCAAUCCAAAUGAAGGUCUUGAAGUAUGAUGCACAGUUGGUUCAAGAAGUAAUGCCGGAAAAGUCAGUGAAAUAUUGGAGCAUGACACGACUAAGGCCAACUGUACACCGACUUCAUGAUCUUGCCAAAACUUUUCAUUCUUUAUUGUGUAUUGAAGGUCAAGCCUGCAGCAGGUAAACAAUUUAUCCCAGACUUUUUAAUUGGAGAUGUGAGAAUGAUUAUGCCAUUGUGAGCGAGUAUAACACAUGGGUCUCUAUUCUCAAAUGAUUUAGCAUCUCGACUACUUUUAACAGUCAGUAGUGGAGGUUAUUAGUUUUCAAAGCUGUUUCCAUGAUAAAAAUGAUAGUUUAACCAAGAUUCUGCACUGUUGAUGAGGAAAAGCAAUGAAAACUUAACUAUUAAUCUCUGGUCUGUGAUAACAGUCACGAGAUUCUAGUGUUUCAAAAUAUAGGCCCUUGCUCUCAAGGUUGGCAGCUUGGUAGAGGCAGGUAAUGAUAAACCAGACGCAUCACAAACUGACGGUCACAGUUACUCACAUCACUAAAACCAUGAAAUAGGAAAAUUUUCUCCCUUAUCAUUUGUGGAAGAACAUUAGGUAUUGUACUUUUUGCCCCCCUUUGCUGAUUUACUAUCCGCGGACUUGGCAGCAUUUGUCAAAGUGGGGAAGUGAGUAGUUGUGAGAGGGAGGUAAUGUGUGUGAGUGAUGCUUAGGUUUCCCUUGUUUAGAGUUGUUUUGAAGACGUCUAUAAUCAUGAAAAGGGAGGCAGAAAGAAAUAUUAUUGUAUCUUGAUUUUCUGGAUGUCAAUUGAUGUCACCAUUACCAAUAAAGUACUUUUUCAA